AUGCACUUCUCCGCCGUCUCCUCGCUCGUCUUGGGCCUCGCCACUCUCGCCGCGGCCCAGCUGCCCGCUGCUGCCAUCGUCAAGCAGAUUGCUCCCAACGCCGAGAACUGCGCUGAUACCACCGAAUGCCGCACUGCUGAGCAGGCUGCUCCCUUCAUUGCCCAGGCCAUGUACGACUACAAGGUCUAUACCACACCCGAGAUGGCUGCCAUUAUCGCCCUGAUGGCCUUUGAGUCCGUCGACUUCAAGUUCAAGCACAACGUCUCUCCUGGCCGCCCUGGCCAGGGCACCGCCAACAUGCAGAUGGCCAACUUCAACUUGAAGUAUGCCCAGAGCAUCGACAGCCUCAAGAGCCAGGUCUCGCAGUUUACCACCACCGAUGGCUUGAGUGACGAUGAUCUGAACCACAUCCUGUCUCUCGUUCAGCCCGACGAGUUCAACUUUGGCAGCGGCCCUUGGUUCUACUCUACCCAGUGCGACCCAUCCGUCAAGCAGGCCUUGUGGCAGAAUGUCGAUACUGGAUUCCAACAGUACAUGGCGUGUGUUGGUGUGACUGUCACGGAUGAUCGCCUGGCAUACUUUACCAGAGCAAAGGCGGCAUUUGGCCUGAACUGA